GCUGUUCUCUCUCUGACUCAGCCGAGCGGCUACGCGCCGGAGCCUGGCUUCACAUCUCUCUGCAACGCUGGCGCUUGACUACGUUUUGGGACCAAUCUGCUGACAAUGGAGGCAGCACAGAGAGGAAGGAGGAGGAGAGGCGGGUAGAGAUAGAGGAAAACAACAGGGAAGGGUUGAGAAACGCCGCCUCUUUUUUUCUUUUUCUUUUUUAGUUCCUCUGGCUCUGCUUUGCAGAACGGGACAGAAAAUGGGCUUUGUCCGUAAAUAUUCCACUGAGAAGCAAGGAUAGCAGGCGGAUUUAGCUGCUGCCGCUGUAAGACAUUCAGACAUACCGCCUUAAAAAAAUACUGGCCAUUCAUCCAUCUGUGGGGGAAGACAUGUUUUUUGCAGUAGCUGCUUCGGAGGAGGAGGCUUUCUCUGGCGUCAUUUUACGUUUAUAAUAUGUAGUGGAAUCGACUGGGGAAAGCUCAUCUGUGGACGGAAGAGACGUUUUCUCUGCGUGAAGUUGCGCGACAAGGUCGAGAUGCCAGCAGGAAGCGAGCACAUCCUUCGGAGCUGUCCGUGGUGCUGAACCCACCAGUCCGCUCCGACCUUCUCCAGCUUGACAGAACUCGAGCAUGAAGAGCUGAUCGGCUUGAUUUGAGUCAGCCAGCACAAAAUUCAUGUUCAUGGCUGUGGCACGAAAAAUCAAAACUUUGCUGACCGUCAACAUCCUGGUGUUUGUGGGAAUUAUCCUGUUCUCAGUGUACUGCAGGAUCCAAGACCGAUCCGAGGAGCUCCUCCAGAUGGGUAGGAUUUCUGAGCAGAGGUUGCGAGCCAGGAAUGGACAAGUUACCAACUUAGUGGACAGACAGUCCAUUCUUCAGCGACUAGAGAGGUUGGAGGACGUGGUCUACAAUCAGCUGAACGGUCUAGCAAAGCCCAUGGGGUUGUUAGAGGGGCCUGGAGGCCUUGGCCAGGGAGGAGCUCCUGCCACUCUCGGAGAGGACAGUCAUGAUUCAGAGGGGAAGUAUGAGGAGUACGGCUACAACGCUCAACUCAGUGAUCGCAUCUCUCUUGACAGGAGCAUCCCUGACUACAGACCCAAAAAGUGUAAGCUGUUGACGUAUCCAGAGGACCUUCCACAGAUCUCUGUGGUCUUCAUCUUUGUGAACGAGGCACUGUCCGUGAUUCUGCGCUCUGUCCACAGUGUGGUCAACCACACUCCAGCACACCUGCUCAAGGAGAUCAUCCUAGUUGAUGACAACAGUGACAGUGUCGAGCUGAAAUUCAACUUGGACCAGUACGUGAACAAACGCUACCCAGGCCUGGUUAAGAUUGUCAGGAACAAUAAGCGCGAGGGCUUGAUUCGAGCCAGAAUCCACGGCUGGAACGCGGCCACAGCUCCUGUUGUAGGCUUCUUCGACGCUCACGUGGAGUUUAACACUGGCUGGGCUGAACCUAUUCUCACUCGGAUAAAGGAGGAUCACACCCGCAUUAUCCUGCCUGCUAUAGACAACAUCAAAUACAACACUUUCGAGGUCCAACAAUACGCCAACGCUGCCCAUGGCUACAACUGGGGAUUGUGGUGCAUGUACAUCAUCCCACCACAGGAGUGGCUGGACAAGGGCGAUGAAACUGCCCCGAUCAGAACCCCUGCUAUGAUUGGCUGCUCCUUUGUGGUGGAUCGGGAAUACUUUGGUGAGAUUGGCCUGCUGGAUCCCGGCAUGGAGGUCUACGGAGGCGAAAACAUAGAGCUGGGCAUGCGGGUGUGGCAGUGUGGAGGAAGCAUGGAGGUCCUGCCAUGUGCCAGAGUUGCCCACAUCGAGCGCACCAAAAAACCCUACAACAACGACAUAGAUUACUAUGCCAAGCGCAAUGCUCUGCGGGCCGCCGAGGUGUGGAUGGAUGAAUACAAAUCCCACGUCUACAUGGCCUGGAACAUUCCUAUCAAUAACCCAGGUGUUGAUUUUGGAGAUGUCUCUGAGCGCCUGGCUCUGAGGAAAAAAUUGCAGUGCCGCAGCUUCCGUUGGUACCUUGAACACGUCUAUCCAGAGAUGCGAGUUUACAACAACACCAUCACCUACGGCGAGGUGAGAAAUGGGAAGGCCAGUGGAUACUGCCUGGACCAAGGCUCAGAGGAUGAUGACAAAGCCAUUCUCUAUCCCUGUCAUGGGAUGUCUUCGCAGCUCGCCCGAUACUCUACAGACGGACUGCUCCAGCUUGGACCAUUGGGAUCAACCACCUUUCUGCCUGACACAAAAUGCCUAAUUGAUGAUGGCAGAGGUCGAACACCCAGUCUGAAAAAAUGUGAUGCUGUCUCAAGGAUUUCCCAGAGGCUUUGGGACUUUACACAGAAUGGACCAAUAAUCAACAGAGACACCGGUCGAUGCUUGGAGGUGGAGAUGACUAAAGACGCCAACUUUGGCCUUCGUUUAGUGGUGCAGAGGUGUUCUGGUCAGAAGUGGCUAAUUCGAAACUGGAUUAAGCAUCCAAAGCACUAAAAGAAAGUGAAACUUUAAGAAACAAUUUUGGCAAUGUUGAGCAGCAGUCGGCUUACAAAAAUGUGAGACGUUCCGGGACAAGUGGGGACUGAUGGUACUUCAGUAGCAUGUGUGAUAGUUCACACUGCAGACCACACACAGCACACUUGGCUGCCCAAAGGCAGCAGCGCUUUCCCAAGAAUACAAUCAAUAUUUUGUUUCACUGCACUGCGCUGUCACACCGGACCAUAGGGUAAGCUGCACUCUCUGAAAUAACCUGCUUUUGACUUUCUGUUAAUCUAUGGAGUCCAUCAACUUAGUGCAGCAAAUAACAUUUUUCUGUUAUUUCUACUGUAAAACUCUUUUGGACGAUGUUGGUUUCGACUGAACAUUUUCUUUUGGCUGGACAACUACAGAUGCAGUGCCCCAGCAAGAGAUGUAACGGGCUUUGAAAGGACUCGUCAUUAUUGAAUCAAAAGGCAUUGUUUCUACACUCACACAAGCCACUUCACUUCUUUGUUUCUUUAGGAGUGCUCACUGAAAACUAGAGCAACCAUGUGCCUUUUUCUUUACAUCUUUGUUUUAGGCUUCAUCAGACCGGGGAAUGUCAGCCCAAAAGCAUGUACAAAAUUAUUUGAAGUUUGAUUUAUAAAACCAUAUAAUAAUAGUAAUAUAUUGUAAAAAAAAAAAAAGAAAAAUAAUAAUAAUAAUAAUAAUAAAAAUAAAUGAAAAAAAAGUUAGGAAAUAAAAAGAAAAAUUUAUGAGGAGCCUGUCUUCUUUUUUCUCCCUUCUGGUUUUGUCAGUUCUGAAAACUCUGAAAACUUGUUCUAGCAGGAAUUACAUAGAAAAAUACAGCUUUUAUUUACACAAUUGCUGGAUCAUCUGCUAACAGCAGCAAAAUUACUCAUCUUUUGUUGUAUCUUUCUAACAAACAAGCCAUCAAGUUUCUGGCCUUGUGUGAUAUCACAGAUGUCACAGAUCCAAGACAUUUCCUAUUGUUGUGAAUAUCACAAAAGUUCUUUGUUAUUUUCACAAAGAACAUUUUUACUUAUUAGAUACUUUUUUCUUUUUUCCUUAGGUUUUUUUGUUUUAUUGGUAAAAAAUUACUUGUGCAUCUUUUGAAAUAAAAGGCAAAACUGCAUGCAAAAAUCCAUGAGCUCAAAAGUCCCAUGCAAAUUUGCUUGCGUAGGAGUUUGCAAAGGUUUUGUGGCAUCCUUUUUUUUACCUGCCAUUGAAUAACAUCUGUGUGAAUUCCCAUCAUCAUGGGUCUCAGCAUAUAACCAUAUAGGGGAGUGUAUUGCCAAGAGUCUGGCCAUAUGAUGCAUAUCACAAUACACGUUAAAAUAUAAUAUAUAAUCCAAGACUGUACCAGAGGCAUUUUUCUGUAUAAUUGGAAAACUAUGUCUGAAUGUGCCUAAAACGCUUUAAUUUACUUUACUUAUGCUUUAUUUUAUUCUUUAUUUUCUAGAUCCGAUCUGGGCAUUAAACGGCCCGAGUGAGGUUACUGGGAAAUUACAAAACAGACAAGUGUCCAGUAUUCAUGAGAUUCGAGUCGAAUAAGAUCAAUCCCCCGCACCCAUCACCCCCCGCGCACCCAUCACCCCCCAGAGUCCACGCCACAUUUUAAAAUUGUGUGUGGGAUUUUAAAGGAUCCCCCAAGUAUUUGCACAGAUCCCGUUGUCCAGGAACGCAGUGACAAGGGGGAUGAGAAGUCAAGUGGUGAGUUUCAACUUUGUUUUCCUUCACAUUCCACUCGGAGCGUGGAAUGUGAUGCCCAUGACAAAGCCCAGUUAAUAUUGUUUGUUGGUGGGAUAACGAGCUUCACCGAGGAGCUGGCUGCAGUGUGGGCACUGAAACGCAUGAUGACGGGAAGAGAUCUGUUCCCGGAGGAAAAGCCUGCAUGGACACUUUGGGAUUGAAAUGGCAUACCAUUCACUGUCACAAUGUAAGGAAACUGUUAAAGAGUUUGGGACUUCAAAAUGGAGAUUCAAGACAAGGCAAAGACAACCCAGAGCUCUCUGAUAAAGACUGGGUGACAGAUUGUGCUUUUGAUUUGACUGCACUGAUGAUUGAAAAAAAUCCAAGGCAAAGGCCUUUUGGUGCAUGAAAUGCAGACCCUGGUGAAAGCUUUUAUCAAAAAGCACUAAAGAUUAUUCUCACUGACAUGCCAACUCUGAAAGAAAUCACACCAUCAGCUGAACACCUCCACAUAUACUCGUUCAUGUUAUGCCCACUCCAUGGGGAGUAUUCAAGAAAAUUUGAAGACUUUAGAACAAUUGAAAAUGAAAUGGACCUGAUAUCUGCAAAGAUAAUGCAAGAUAAUGCACCCAGUUAUGUCCAGUUGGAGCUAAUUGACAUGCUGUUUGAUGCCAUACUGGUAGAACAGUUUAAUUCAGGAAAACUGGUGAAUUUUUACCCCUCCCUUUAGGAAGAGAACCUCCCAAACAUGAGAUUUUACUAGAAGAUUGUUGGUUCUAUUUGGGUCUACGUACAUUUGUGAACAAACAUUUUCAGUGAUGAAAUUUCAUAAAUGCAGAUAUAGAACCACUCUCUCUCUCUGAUGUUCAUUAUUGGCAGUGCUUUGUGUUUCCACCUCAGACAUUGACCCUGACUUUGAUGUGCUUGUUAAAGCCCAACCGAGACUAGAUUUUUCUCAAUGAACAAAAUUUUGAUGUCUUUUUAAUGAACACCCUCUUUUUUUUUCAACAAUAUGUGAAACUCAAAAUGUGGUUUUGGGAGAAUGUGAUUGAAAAUGAUUGCUGUUAUCAUUUAUGAAAAUGUUCAAAACUUCAUGUUUUGUUUAUCAUUGUUUGGGGAAAUUUGAUUAAACACUUUUUUAAAAGCAA